AUGUCUGAAUACGAUAUCGAAAAACAAACUGGAGUAAAAGCUGAGGGCCUCUCCUCCUCAACCUCCCUCGAAUACCCUCGCCAUGGCUCUGUUGAAGACAUUGUCCAGACUCACCCGGACAACCUCUUCUUCCGAAUCCUCAAACACCUGAAGGCUGAGAUUCGAGGUAUCGACCGAGUCCCUGAGGAGGAAAAGACUGACAACAGUAUCUGGAACGCCGCUUCCAUGUGGUUCUCCGCUAACUUUGUUAUCGCUUCUUUCGCUCUCGGUGGCCUUGGUGUCUCCGUUUUCCAGCUGCAUUUCAUCGACUCUCUUCUUACCAUCAUCUUCUUCAACAUUCUCGGUAUGGCCCCCGUUGCCUUUUACUCUUGCUUCGGCCCCAAGUUUGGUCUCCGACAAAUGGUUCUUUCUCGAUACUGGUUUGGAUACCAGGGUGUUCGAUUCCUUGCAUUUUUCAACUGUAUCGCUUGUAUCGGCUGGGGUACAGUCAACACAAUCGUGUCUGCUCAGAUGCUCCACACUGUCAACCAUGGUGGACUUCCCGUUCCCGUGGCUAUUGUUAUCGUCUCUCUUCUGACAUUCUGUGUCUCCUUCAUGGGUUACCACUUCAUCCACCAUUACGAGAAGUGGGCCUGGGUUCCCAACGCUGUUGUCUUCCUCAUCAUUGCUAUUCAGAUGGGACGAUCUCACGCCUUUGAGUGGGGAACUAUGGAUGUCGGAACUUCUGAAGCUGCUAACGUUCUCUCUUUCGGUGGAGCAGUCUUCGGUUUCGCUACUGGAUGGUGCCCCUCCGCCGCUGACUACACAGUGUAUAUGCCCAAGAAGACUUCAUCCGUCAAGGUUUUCUGCGCUCUCAUGUUGGGUCUCGGUACCCCUCUGAUCUGUGUCAUGACUCUUGGUGCUGCCUGCAUGACUGGUAUCCGAACUACUCCCCGAUUCAACGAUGGAUACAACAAGAACGGUAUUGGAGGACUUGUCUUUGAGAUCCUCGUCACUGACUCUCUCCACGGAUUUGGCCAGUUCUGUAUCGUCGUUCUUGCUCUUUCUACUGUUGCCAACAACAUUCCCAACAUGUACUCUCUUGGUCUCUCUGCCCAGACUAUCUGGUCCAAGUUCAAGCUUGUCCCCCGAGCUGCUUGGGCUAUUCUCGGAAACGGUGCUGUCAUCGGUAUCUCUAUUGCCGCUUACUACGCCUUUGAGGAGUUCAUUGACAACUUCAUGAACAUUAUCGGCUACUGGUUGGCCGUUUACACUGCCAUUAACCUGUCUGCCCACUUCUUCUGGAUUGGAGGUUUCAAGGGCUAUAACCCUGACAUCCACAAGGAUCAUACCCUUGCCCGUCUCUUACGCUGCUAUGUUUUCUUUCUGUGUCGGAAUUGCUGGAGCAGUUCUUGGUAUGGAUCAGGUCUGGUACACUGGUCCCAUUGGUAA